CCCAGAUCCGACCAGUCGCCUCAAUUCUCGUUACAUACAACUUUCUGCUUCGGUUCUAGAAGACAGCUGCGAGCAAUACCAUGAGCGUCACUGGCACCAACACGCGUCCGGGAACAUGGCAAGGCUUUAGACGGCCAGUGGCCCGUGGGUUUGCGUUCUAGUGACUUUUCCAGACAUUCGUGAUACCCAUUCGACCGCCAAAUGCCACUAUUAAUUUCUCUCGUCGCUUUUGGUACCUGCUAUUCUGCUCUACUGCUACUGCUGGGUACAGUAGUAUCCUUACUGUAUUGCUAGUCGCUGUCAGUCCGUCAUUUACAUCAGCGAUUCCAUCCUUGCUCCCUCCAUUUCGGCCGGGAGGGAAGACCACAUGCCAAAGAAACUUGAACUUGACCUUGAACCUCCCCGCCAAACUUGAAACCAACAGGUGAAAAAUCACCAUCACCAUCUACAACAACUGCUCCUGUACGGCUACUACUCUGCUUUCCCUUUGACGGCCUCGGCUCGGUUCCCUGAACGGCGACGACGACGACGCGACAGAGCCCUGAAAGUUAAAACAGUAACAGCAUCUAAUUCCUUCCGUUCCACUUGCCUGCGCUCCGAGAACAACUGCGCUGAACUGCGCUGCGCUGCCACCGGACCGCGACCGACCGGGACUCGCGGACCCAGAAACACUUUAAGUGAUACAUACAUUUCCCAAGCAUGGCUCCUACGGUCAAGCAGCGGAAGAUUGCCAUCCUGGGCAGUCGUUCGGUUGGCAAAUCGUCCCUCACGGUGCAAUAUUGCGAAGGCCAUUUCGUCGAGAGCUACUAUCCUACCAUCGAGAACACGUUUAGCCAUGAGAUCGUCUACAAGGGUCAGACGUAUCUGACUGAAAUCAUUGAUACCGCAGGACAGGAUGAAUACAGUCUGAUGAACUCGAAGCUAUAUAUUGGCAUCCACGGCUACUUGAUUGUGUAUUCGGUCGCGUCGAGGCAGUCGUUUGAAAUGGUUAGGAUUAUCAGGGAUAAGUUGUUGAAUCAUCUUGGCGCAGAUUCCGUCCCCAUCAUGAUCGUCGGCAACAAAAGCGACGUGGACGCCAAAAAGCAACGCAAAGUCUCGCCGGAGGAAGGCCAGAAGCUCGGCGAGGAACUUCACUGCGGUUGGAUCGAGACGAGUGCCAGAAACAACAUCAAUGUCGCAAAGGCCUUUGAGAUGAUGAUUGCCGAGAUUGAAAAGUCCCAAGAACCCGAUAAGCCUGCUGGUGGCGGCAAGUGUGCGGUCAUGUGAAGCUGAAGCCUGGAAAACAACAAAACGGGGUGAGACGGCAAACGGCCUUGUAUCAUGGCAUUGCCAUACCAAUGCGACAUGGCCGGCACCUGCGCCUUUCUCUGCAAAUGACUUAUCUUAGGCACAUGUUUGGUCAUGGGUCGAUUAAUGCGGAUGUGAUACCAGGGACAGACCGGAAAUUUCGAGAAGAACAACUCGAUGAUCGAGACACCAGCAACCAGUUCGGAAACAGAACGAAGUCAAGCCAAAGGGAAAUGACUGAGAAAAAGAAAGAAAGCAAGCAAGACAUCAAAACGACAACCUGAAGAGACGGAAAGAUGAUGUCAUGAAGAAAGAACAUAUGGCCGCACACUCAUAGUAUGUCUGGGUCAUGUACAAGCCUUGUCGCUGAUGCCGUUCAAUAUUGAACAUGUGGAUAUCUGUUUUGGGUGUUGGCCGCACGGAGGGGGCAACGUAUCGCAUCUCAUCCCACUGGAGAUAUGUCUAUGUCUGAUGUUUCAUGUUUCGCUGGCUUUCAGGAUAUGCUGGGAUAUGCGUGCGAUGGAUAGGUCCAAGGGAUAGACAGUUUUUUCAUUCUUGUCACGGAGAUAAUGCGGGAUACAUAUACUAGUAUUGUAUCUUGGAGAUUGGAUCUGGAUAUGGGUUGGAGUGGAUUCGAAUUGGAUCGGAUCGGAUUGGACUGGCACUGUCCUGUCCUGUCCUGAUGCCAGUGUGUCGAGUCGUGCCGGUCGUCUCAGGCCUCGCAAAUCACCCCAUCCUAUAUACCUUAUGCUCUAAACUGUAACAGUGCGGCAAAUCAAGUCAGCAUAUUCAGAUGCUUCCAA